GCCGGGGAGGGGGAGGGGGAUGGAUCGGGUGGCGCUGUCGGCGCGCCAAGCGACGUCGCCCGCUCGCGUCUGCACUGCGCGGCGUGCCGAUGGCGGCCCAAGGCGUCUGGACCAUCUUUUGUGAUUCCAGAACUCGUCGCUUCCCGUGGGACGGUGGAAUCUGUGCCACAGAACUACUUGGCAUCAGUGCCCGAAGCCUAAGCUCGGCUCGCUCGCGGCCGCUGCCGAUCGACGACUGAUCGGUCGUCAGCGUGGGAUGCAGUCGUGUGAGUCGGUCGCAUCCAGUCGUGCGCGGGAGUAGCGAGGAUCCGACGCGGGGCACGCAGCUGGCUGCGUGACGCCGUUCGCUGCCGCAGCAUUUGGCAGCAGCAGCAGGCAGACCCCAAACCGAAGCUGGUUCUCCCACUCUCCGCAGCAGGCGUCCAUAACCCUGCCUGGCCAGGCUGGUGUACAGUGCCUCCUGCAUAGACUCCACCCUCGUUCGCGCCUUAGGCCUAAGGCUGACCAGGUCCUGACUGGAGGCUGCCAGAGCUUCCGCGUCGAAGGACGACUGUUCUGCCAGUGGUCAGCAGUUCUGCGCCGAUGCUGGUGAUUGCCAGAGCCUGCUGCUGGCAAUUGCGGCAGAGCCGCUGACCUCCUCAUUCCUCUUCUCUCCUUCUUUCAUCCGCCCUUCCUCAUUCCUUCCUGCCCCGUCGAAUCGCGGACAAUCCUUCUUAGCCUCGACCCGCGUCUUGGCGCACAAGUGCGACAGCCUCAACUGGCGUUGGCAUUGGGCCGGCAUUGGUUCGUUUCAAGGCUUUCAAGGCUCACCCGCCAGUCACGGCGGCAUAAGCAUACAUUGUUUCAAAUUGCUUGUCUGCGCGCAACGCGCCUCGCUCCUCCUCCUCCUCCUCGUCUCAGGCAUCCCCCCUCCACUCCCUCCACACCUCACCCAUCCCUCUCGUUGUCUACAGCUUGAAUGCCGAUGGCGGCAACUUUCCGCUGCCCAAGGCUCUCCCUGACAGUGGUGAUUUUUUCAAUAACCUUUCCUAUGCCGAGCGGCUGGAAGCGGCAUCCGCCCCCACCUCGGACGAUUUCAUGGGGGGCAGGUGGGCCGGUUUCCAGCAGCUGGAGAGGCCAGAGUGGUGCGUCGGAUUCUUGUGUUUUCUUGCUGCUCGCGUGCGCAGCCACGCAGUUUCACGGCGAUGUGCAGGUACCACGACCGCCAGGGAGCCAGGCACCACGAACACAAACUUUCGUCUCUGCGGCCGCUGUGCUGUCGCUGAUUACCUGCCAGGACUGGCCACGGCUGGGGGAGCCUGGUGGCCUGAGCCUCCGUGGGUCUAGGCCCCAAUUUUGGUCGGAGCGCUCCCCAACGAAAGCUACGCAGCUCCCCCAGAUGUGGCUGGCCAGAGCCAGAGAGAGGCCGACGGUCGCCCUUAGCCUGGCGGACUCCUCGAGGCUCCACUCUGCGGAUCGGCUCGAAGCACGAAUCGGUAACAGAAA